AUGGCCGGCUCCCGCGAGAGAUUGCUCUAUGAAAGGAGGCCUGAUUACGAAUAUGAAUACGAAUUCAGACGGCGAUAUGAACCGUACGAUAGAGAGACCAAUCGAUACAGGCAGGAGAGGCGACGUGAUCUACACGACCGGCCGCGCCGCAAGAACGGCUAUGUGUAUGAAGAUAUAUACUCCGACUUCGACGAGGCACAAGGUCGGCUCUCCCUGUUCAGACCUAUUAGGCCCGAGUACUUGAACCUCCCCACGACUUACGACAUCAAAUACAAUUCACUGCCACGAAACUAUUACAACUAUGAGGACAGAAACAAUCGGAGGUACAAGAAGGACCAUUACGACUUUAGAAUCGAAAACGAGAGACGGACGCGGGAAUCUUAUGAAUCUUAUAGGAAAGCUAUCGAGACUAGACCAAAAGAGACUAAUUCAAAGAAACCUUUACAACCAACCAUAAAUUUAACGAGUAAUUCUACUAAAACUAACUUGAACGCUCCAACGAAUUCUAGUUUGAAGCAACCGAAAAAUGUUGCGGUGUGUAAGCCUCACCGAAUAUCUGAUAAGAGUGCUCGCUAUUGGACAACGGACCCGCCCGAGCGGGGCCGAGCUCGCCCGAAAAAGCCCGAAGAGGUGAAAAAGAACGUGAAAUUUUCUGAGGUGUCGGGCUGUAACAGAAAGAUGGUGGUUGACGAUCCUAUUUGCGGGAGGAAAUUAGUUCCAGUAAGAGAAUUGGAAGUUUCCUUGGACCAAAUGAUACAGAACGGCUAUUUUGAGAAGCACAACAUUCCGAUAUCGAGGCCGGUGGGCGGGGAGGUGAAGGAAGAGAUAAAGGGUGCGGCUGGCAACAGCCUGCCAAACGGGAAGUGCUUAUCGGGCACGGGCGGGAAGGAACACCAGGCGACGAGAAAAAUUAGACAUCUGCCGCAGGUGUUGGCAGCUCUAGCAGUGUCCCUGGCCCCCUUCUCAGCAGGUCUCGGCAAGGGGUACAGCUCCCCUGCCAUAGCGUCCCUACAGGGACCAGGAGCCAAUGCCACUAGAAGAGACUUCCAGCUGACUGACCAACAGGCGUCGUGGCUUGCUUCACUGUCUUUUCUAGGCGCUCUAUUCGGUGGCAUGGCAGGCGGUGCUGCGAUGCGCCACGGUCGUCGUCGUGUGCUGUCCCUGGCGGCGGCACCCUGCAGUCUCUCCUGGCUGCUCACUACCGUGGCGACCUCUGUCAGGAUGAUGUGCAUCACCGCCUUCUUGGGAGGAUUCUGCUGUUCUAUAUUGACUAUGCUGUCGCAAGUGUACAUCAGUGAGAUAUCAGUCCCGGACAUCCGCGGCUGUCUCAGCGCCGUGCUCAAGAUAGUCGGCCAUCUUGGCGUCCUCUUCAGUUUCACCAUCGGUGCCUAUCUCGACUGGCAGCAGCUCGCACUCUGUAUAUCUGCAGCCCCUCUACUUCUCUUCUGUACCGUUCUGUACAUACCUGAGACACCGAGCUACCUCGUUCUCACAGGGAAAGAUGAAGAAGCAUACAAAAGUCUGCUCUGGUUACGUGGUCCUAACUCUGAUGUUGCUCAAGAGUUAGCCACGAUCCGCACAAACGUCCUCGCCAGUAAGAACUUCAGCCAACGACAGAGUCAAAUGUCAGGGAGUCAACUCAUCAACUCCUUGGACGUAAGGACCAUGAACCGGCUCUUAGGACCAAUUCUAGUGACAUGCGGCCUAAUGAUGUUUCAAAGAUUUUCUGGAGCACACGCGUUUUCGUUUUACGCUGUGCCAAUAUUUAGGAAGACUUUUGGUGGCAUGAACCCUCAUGGAGCUGCUAUCGCUGUGUCCUUCGUUCAGCUCCUCGCGUCUUGUCUGUCCGGCUUGCUUAUUGACACUGUUGGUCGUCUUCCUUUACUGAUAGUCAGUUCUGUAUUGAUGUCUAUGGCGCUCGCAGGGUUCGGAAGUUACGCGUACUAUGAAGAGGUGCACCGCAAUCAAAGAAUUCAGAACGUAAUGUUCCACCAGACUAUAGGGCAAAAUGAUUGGAUUCCAUUGCUUUGUGUUCUAGUGUUUACGAUUGCGUUUUCGUUGGGUAUGAGUCCUAUAUCUUGGCUAUUGAUUGGAGAGUUGUUUCCUCUGGAGUACAGGGCGUUUGGCAGUGCUAUGGCGACGGCAUUCAGCUACCUCUGCGCCUUUGUCGGCGUCAAGACCUUUGUAGACUUCCAGCAAACGUUAGGAUUGCACGGCGCGUUUUGGUUGUACGCUUCUAUAAGUGUAGGAGGUCUCUGUUUCGUGGUCUGCUGUGUCCCAGAAACUAAAGGCAAGGACCUCGAUGAGAUGGACCCAAAUUACGUUCAGAGUUUGUCGCCGAAAAGGUAA